CAGAUCCAACGGCCGGAAACCUCCUAAAUCAUGGGGCACUAUCUUCUGUCUUCCUUUGGCACGAACUCAUCUCAACUCACUGAGUUGAUGAUUACAGUCGAGUCACACCCUCUUUCCUUUCCUUUCCACUCACUUUCUUUCUUUCUUUCUUCCUCUACCUCCCCGCCCCUUCUGCCCUUUUUCGUCAUUUCCUCUCUAAUCCCCAUCCGACGUCUCCCAUCCUUCCACGUCACCACCGUCUUCUUCAUCCUCCCUUCCCUUGCCCCAUCUCUUUCUAUUUUUAUUUACCCCCCUUUAGGGUUUCUCAGAUUUGACCAAAUUCUCUGUUUUCCCCCAUCCUUAUUUUUCUCAAAUUAUAAAAGAACAAACCUUCAAAUCUCCAAUUCCUUGACUCUCUCAAUUUUUGCAGCAGAUAUUCUUCCUACCGAGGGUUUCGAUGAAUUGGCGCUCUAUUCCGUAAUGCGGAAAAUAAAAAUUUCAAUUAAAGUUUUGUAGAAUUGAGGAUUACAAUUUUCGUUCGUUUGGUGGUUUAUGUUAUGAUGGCGAUUGAGAAGAAUAACUUCAAAGUUUCACGGUUUGAUUCGGAGUUCUCGUAUGGUAGUAGAGAGACGACUGUGUCGAGUGAUGAGGAUGAGCUUCAACGUCAAAGCUCAGCUGUUGAUUGUGAUGGCGAUGAUGAUGAUGAUGAUGAAUUUGAUGAUGCUGAUUCAGGAGCAGGUUCGGAUGACUUUGAUUUAUUGGAAUUAGGAGAAACGGGGGCUGAAUUCUGCCAAGUUGGGAACUUGACUUGUUCUGUUCCUUUGGAGUUGUACGAUCUUCCUGGAUUGGAAGAUAUUUUGUCUCUUGAUGUGUGGAAUGAGUGUUUAAGUGAUGAGGAGCGGUUUAGCCUUACUAAAUUUUUGCCCGAUAUGGAUCAGGAUACAUUUAUGCGGACUUUGAAUGACCUUCUUAAGGGUGAUAAUUUUCAUUUUGGGAGUCCUAUAAAGAAGUUGUUUAAUAUGUUGAAAGGAGGCUUAUGUGAGCCAAGGGUCGCACUUUAUCGGGAGGGUUUGAAUUUCUUUCAGAAGCGACAGCAUUACCAUCAUUUGAGGAAGCAUCAGAAUAAUAUGGUUGCCAAUCUUUGUCAAAUAAGGGAUGCUUGGCUUAAGUGUAGGGGAUACGGUAUCGAGGAGCGGCUUCGUGUUUUGAACAUUAUGAGAAGUCAGAAGAGUUUGGUGUAUGAAAAAUUAGAAGAUGAGGAUUCUGAAUCCUCCAAAAGAGAGGAUUUGGAUGAUGGAUUGUGGAGCAAAAAGGUGAAGGACAGGAAAGCUUCACAGAAAAAGGCACACUACUCGGGCUAUGGGGUUGAACCGAAUUUAGAAUUCAUUUCCCGAGGACAGCUGAUGGCUUUGGAACCAGCAAAAUAUGGGAAGCAGAAUCCAAAAGGUAUGCUUAAGACAGGUGGGUCAAAUUUUCCUUUUACAAAAGAUUAUGGGACCUGCUUUUGCCCUAGUUUGAAUAUGAACUCUGAGCCAUAUGGUUUUCCAGGAACUCUUCCUCGACAGAAAUAUGAGUCAGGGGCUGUACUCAGGUCUAGGGAUUGGAUAAGGUUAGAUGAUGAUGCCGAAGACCCAAUGUUUGGAGCAGGUAUUCAAAGAGACCGAAAUGUUGUGCGUGAUAGCAUCAUGGGAAAAUCUGGUUCAUUGAGAGCAAGGAAAAAGUAUGAAAGACUGGAAGAAUUUGCUGGUGAUAGUUCUGCGGCUUUGCCUUUGUCUUCAAAGCAUGACUUGCAGGCCCAUGGUAGGAACAGGAAUAUGAAUAAAUUGUCAGAGGCAAAAAUGUAUACUUCAAAGCCACCUAACAGGAGAUCUGAUGAUUUGCCCAAGAAGGUCAAGUAUACUGAAAACCAUCUGCAAUUUGCUGUUGGAAAACAAAUUAAAUCUUCGAAGGGCCGAACUCCUCCAUUUCCAUUGAAAGGGAGUCGAGUUGACUUAUCUGAAUGUGCUGAAAUGUUUUGUCAAAAUAAGAACCAUGGAGAAGAUAUCUCUGUGGAUUCUUCAGUUAGAUCUGAUGAUUGGAAUGUUAGGAGCAAGAAAUGGAAAACAGGACGAGAUUCUCCAGAUGUCAGUUUUAAAUCUUAUAAAGUUUCUUCACCACUGAUGAAUGAUCGAUUCUUGCAGUCUGACAGUAGAAUAAAACCUUCGCAGGAGAAGAUCAGAGGGAACUAUGUGCAAAAGAGAGGCCCUGUUUCCAAAGGCAAUAGAGCAUUUAUUAGAAAUGAAGAAACAGAAUCUGACUCAUCUGAGCAAUUUGAUAAUGACGAGGAUAGCAAUCCUCUAAUGAGAAGCAAAUUGGCAUACCCUACUGGUAUCAUAAAAGAUUCUCAGUUGUCUUCAUUGAAGUCUGGUGUAGAUUCUAAAAGGACCAAAUCUUUGAAGAAAAAUUCUAUGGAGGAUGGAUGGACUGUUGAUGGAAUCACUCGCUUCUCCAAGAAGAGCUUUAGGGAAGAUGUGCAUGUGCCAGGAGUAGAAAACUACUAUUUUAAAGGAAAACAGAAGGGCAAGAUGAGUAAAAGCCCCUUGCUUAACUCUACUUCUAGAGUAAUGGACGAGGUUGAUAGGAAACAAGUUUACAAGUUGGGUAAAAGUGCCCAGUUACGAGGGGAACCUGGUAACAGGUUACACAAGUCCUCAUCUAGGGUCUACCCUACUGACAAAAGGCAGAAAGGUGAACUCGCCUAUGAUCAUUCUACGUCUCAGACAAAUUAUCUGCGUGAUUAUCUUGUUGAUGAGGAGGAUGCUUUACCUGUGACACUCUUGUUAGCUGAUGAAAAUAACCCGGGUAGAAAUAGGAAGAAAGGCCAGAGCAUUGAAGCAUAUGAUCGCUGUGAAAAAUCUGAAGCUUCAUUACGAGGGUGCAACAAAGGGACAAAGAAGAGGAAGGGGAAGGAGUAUGUGGCACAUGUUGAUAGAAGGGGCAAAGAUGGUAACCUGCAGUCUAACCUUGAGCAGCAAAUCGAUGAUUCCCUUUUCUUGAAGAAAAAGGGAAAACGAAAACUGGAGGCUGAUAUUGGUACUUCUGAUAUGGAAGCUUCUGAACCACAUGGUGCAGAAUUAGGAACCAUAGACGUGGAGAUAGAAACCAAACCACAGAAAAAGCCAUUUACUUUGAUCACCCCCACAGUUCAUGCUGGUUUCUCGUUCUCAAUUAUACAUCUUCUUUCUGCAGUUCGCUUGGCAAUGAUUACACCACUUCCAGAAGAUUCCUUAGAGGUUAGCAAGCCUAGAGAAGAGCAAAAUGGAAAGCAGGAAGGUGGUGCGAAUGGGGUUCUUUCUUGUGAAAAUGCAGUUAGCAAUGAUUUGGACCAUCCUGUGCAAGCAAGUGCGCUUUCUCUAACUGUUCAUGAGAUUGUUAGUCGGGUGGCGGCGAAUCCUGGGGAUCCAUGUAUCCUUGAGACACAAGAGCCGCUUCAAGAUUUAGUUCGGGGAGUUCUGAAAAUUUUCUCAUCAAAAACAGCACCUUUGGGAGCGAAAGGCUGGAAGGCACUUGUUGCCUAUGAGAAGUCCACAAAAGGUUGGUCUUGGGUUGGUCCUGUUAUGCAUAGCUCAAAUGAUCAUGAGACUAUUGAGGAGGUAACAUCACCCGAAGCCUGGGGUCUGCCCCCGAAAAUGCUUGUCAAGUUAGUUGAUUCAUUUGCAAAUUGGCUAAAAAAUGGUCAGGAGACUCUCCAGCUAUUAGGGAGUCUUCCUGCACCACCGCUUGAAUUGAUGCAAGCCAAUUUAGAUGAGAAAGAAAGGUUCAGAGACCUAAGAGCUCAGAAGAGCCUUAGCACCAUUAGUCCAAGUUCUGAAGAAGUGAGAGCUUAUUUCCGUAGGGAGGAGCUUCUUAGGUAUUCUAUUCCUGACAGGGCCUUCUCUUACACGGCUGCUGAUGGCAAAAAAUCUAUAGUUGCUCCCUUGCGAAGGUGUGGAGGUAAACCAACUUCAAAGGCUCGAGAUCAUUUUAUGCUGAAACGUGACCGGCCACCACAUGUUACAAUUCUUUGUAUUGUGAGAGAUGCAGCUGCCAGAUUGCCUGGAAGUAUCGGCACCCGUGCAGAUGUUUGUACUUUGAUAAGAGACUCUCAGUACAUUGUUGAAGAAGUUUCUGAUGCCCAAGUUAACCAGGUUGUUAGUGGGGCCUUAGACCGUUUGCAUUAUGAACGUGAUCCUUGUGUACAGUUUGAUGGAGAGAGGAAAUUGUGGGUUUAUUUGCAUAGAGAAAGAGAAGAAGAGGAUUUUGAGGAUGAUGGUACUUCAUCUACUAAGAAAUGGAAGAGGCAGAAAAAAGAUACUGCUGAGCAACCUGAUCAAGGAGCCGUAACUGUGGCUUUUCAUGGGACUGGGGAUCAAUCAGGAUUUGAUUUGGUCUCUGAUCUUAAUGUCGAGCCUCCAUGCUGUGAUAAAAAGAUGGAGACAGAUUCCCAUAAUAGACAAAACGUGGAGGAUAAUGCUGACACCAGUCAUGGGUCUGAGCAAGGUAACACCCAACAACAUGGUCAUCCUAUGCAAGAAAGCAAAUUGCUAUGUCAAGAAAAUUCCACUAAUGAAGAUUUUGAUCAACAUUUCAGUUUUGCAGGUCAGAGUCCACCGAGAGGGUAGAAGGUGGUGCGGUUGCCGAUCCCAUUCAAGGUUUUUGUGUCAUACGUUGAAAGGUUUACAUGUAUAGUGAUUUCUAGUCCAAAGUGUAGAUUAGAAAGUGAUCUUCUGAGAUAUGCCCAAAGAACGGUGCUUCAGUACAUACAGGUGGAUGUUCCAUGAUUUUUGCACUUCAUAAAUAUUUUUUGAUAUCUUAUUUUGGUAAUUUCAAAUAUAGCUUAUAUUCACUGAGCUGAUAAAAACAUGCUAAUUUGGUUCUUGUAAUAUGCCAUAUUAUGCAUUCCCUAGAAUUUGAUAGAAUUAUUACA